AUGGCACCUUCCAUGAUCGACACGCCUCCCCAGAGCGCGGACAGCGCGGCGCAACUGCUGCAGGAUCUUGAGGCCAGCAAGACCCUGCCCCUAUGGACCCAGAUGACAAGACUCAACCCCCCGGAGCCGAACCCUACUGCCGUCCCCUUUGUGUGGAAGUAUGACAGCAUCCGCCCCAAUCUGCUGCGUGCCGGUCACCUGGUCACCGAAAAGCAGGCGGAGCGAAGAGUCCUGAUGCUGGUGAACCCUGCUCGAGAUGCCCCGUACACCACCGAUACACUCUACGCCGGCCUGCAACUAGUCAUGCCGAAUGAGACCGCCCCAGCGCACCGGCACACCGCAUUUGCGAUGCGCUAUAUCAUCGAGGGCAACGGGGGCUUUACGGCGGUGCAUGGCCGACGCAUCCGCAUGCAGAAGGGGGAUGUAAUCCUGACGCCUACUUGGAACUACCAUGACCAUGGCAAGGAUGGCAGCGGCCCAAUGAUCUGGCUGGACGGCCUGGAUCUGCCCACCUUCCGACACUUCCCGGUCCAUUUUGUCGAGCAUUUCAGCGAGCCUCGCUACCCGGCCGAGGAUGUCGACACGUCGUCUUCUCCCAUUGUCUUUCCCUGGGACCGGAUGAAGGCUCGGUUGGAUGAGACGGAGGGUAAUUGGGCCACUCAGCGCUAUCUUAAAGACGAUGGUCGAGAAGGUAAGCCCGCUUCCGGCGCUAUGCGCUCCUUCCUGCACAUUGGGCUAACGGAGGGGGGGGGGAAACGGUCAGUGAGUCGUGUUCUGGGAGGCUGUGCAGAGAGGCUGAAUGCGGGCACGUCGUCCCCGCGCCGGCAAGACACCCUGUCCGCUGUUUACCAUGUCAUCACCGGCAAGGGUUGCUCUGAGGUCGGAGAUCAAACGCUAGAAUGGAAGGCGGGAGACACUUUCUGUGUACCCUCCUGGCAUGCCUACCAGCAUUUUGCUGAUCCGGGCGAAACUGUCUAUCUCUACCGCUUCGACGAUAAGCCGAUGAUCACGGCGCUGGGCUUCUAUCGGUCAGCGGAGGAUGAUUCUGAGGAACUAAUCUCUGACUGA